GGCGCAGAGGGGGGCGUGGUCACGUUGAGCAAAGUCCAGGAAGAUUUUUGCAGGCUUUGGGACAAAACGCUAACGUCUUGCUCCGUAACACUUUUUGCACCGUGUGUUUCACUUGUCGAGAUGGCUGACAACAGGGAUAAGGCCAGCGAUCAGAUGAAGAUAUGGAAGGAGAACAGAGCCUCUCAGGUUUGUGUUUGGUCUGACGUGUUUGCUGCGCAGCCUCUGGCUAAAUGGAGGCCAGAGACCCUGACCACAGGGGGUGGUCACCCCAUCGGAGACAAGCUCAACCUGAUGACUGCAGGACCGAAGGGCCCUCUGCUGGUGCAAGAUGUGGUCUUCACAGACGAGAUGGCACAUUUUGACCGAGAGCGAAUCCCAGAGAGAGUGGUCCAUGCCAAAGGUGCAGGGGCUUUUGGCUACUUUGAAGUGACUCAUGACAUCACUCGCUACUGCAAGGCCAAGGUGUUUGAGCAUGUUGGCAAGACCACACCUAUUGCUGUUCGUUUCUCCACAGUGGCUGGAGAGUCGGGAUCAGCGGACACAGUGCGAGACCCCAGAGGGUUUGCGGUGAAGUUUUACACUGAGGAGGGCAACUGGGACCUGACGGGCAACAACACCCCCAUUUUCUUCAUCAGGGAUGCCAUGCUGUUCCCAUCAUUUAUCCACACCCAGAAGCGCAAUCCACAAACACACAUGAAAGACCCCGACAUGGUGUGGGACUUCUGGAGCCUGAGGCCUGAAUCUCUGCAUCAGGUGUCUUUUCUGUUUAGUGAUCGAGGUUUGCCCGACGGCCACCGUCACAUGAAUGGCUAUGGCUCUCACACUUUCAAACUGGUCAAUGCUCAAGGACAACCUGUCUACUGCAAGUUCCACUACAAGACUGAUCAAGGGAUAAAGAAUCUGACUGUGGAGGAGGCAGAUCGUCUGGCUUCCACCAACCCAGAUUAUGCAAUUGGAGACUUGUUCAAUGCCAUUGCCAAUGGUAACUACCCUUCCUGGACUUUCUACAUCCAGGUCAUGACCUUUGAGCAAGCCGAGAAGUUCCAGUUCAACCCUUUCGACCUUACAAAGGUUUGGCCACAUAAGGAAUACCCUUUGAUCCCUGUGGGCAAACUGGUUCUCAACAGGAACCCAGUCAACUACUUUGUUGAGGUGGAGCAGAUGGCCUUUGACCCCAGCAACAUGCCACCAGGCAUUGAGCCGAGUCCUGACAAGAUGCUGCAGGGACGUCUCUUCUCCUACCCAGACACCCAUCGACACCGGCUGGGAGCCAACUACCUGCAGAUCCCUGUAAACUGUCCCUACAGGACCCGUGUGGCCAACUACCAGCGUGAUGGUCCAAUGUGCAUGUCUGACAACCAAGGUGGCGCUCCAAACUACUAUCCUAACAGCUUCAGCGCUCCAGAGAACCAGCCUCGCUGUUUGGAGUCUAAAUUCAGGGUAUCUCCUGAUGUCACCCGUUAUAAUAGCGCUGAUGAAGAUAAUGUCACACAGGUUCGCACCUUCUACACCCAGGUGCUGAGUGAAGAGGAGCGCCAGAGACUUUGCCAGAACAUGGCGGGGGCCCUGAAGGGGGCCCAGCUCUUCAUACAGCAACGCAUGGUUGAAACCUUGAAGGCUGUCCAUCCAGACUAUGGAAAUAGGGUCCAGACCCUUCUCAACAAGUACAACGCAGAGGCCCAGAAGAACCCAUCUGUGAGUGUUUACCGCCGUCCAGGACCUUCUGCCAUCGCUGCAUCCUCUAAAAUGUGAAGUCUUUCUACGAGGGCAGCCGAACAGAGAACAAAUGCACUUGUGUAAUGUCCAACUGCUACAAGUAAGACGAGGCUUCAGUAACAAUCUGUGACUAAAUUAAAAUACUAGCAGUGUAGUGUUUUGGGUUUUUUUUGUUUUUGUUUUUUUUUUUUCAAACAUCUCAUGAUCUCUGUUAAAACCAAAACUACAAAUACAAACCACAAUUAAAUCUAAUUCCAUUAAGCCCAAAUGUCAUUUAGUACAAGCAGCAGGUGUGUGUACAAUGCUGUCAUAGCUGAAACUAAGCUAACCAGUUAUAUCAAAUUACUGCUUAAAGAACGUGGGCUCAAGCUACUGAAAGAUCUGAGUUUAUGACUUCAUAGCUCUUUCUGGGGUUAAAGAUAAUUACAUGUAAUUUCAACUUGCAGUAUGAUGAGUAGCUGCAUGUUUUGUGCUGAAUCAAUGGGAUGUCUUCAAUACACAACACUUUUGUGCCUUUUUUUAUAAACUGCAUAAAAGUCACUGUUGUUCUGUCAAAGACCCUGAACUCUGUAAAUGUGUCUCCUGCUGUUGUUGGUAAUCUUUUUCUGAAAUGACAAUUACAUGAUUGUAACUUUUUUAAUUAACAAUCAAAGUUGUGACGCUUAUUUAGUGCCUGCAUUAAAAGUAUUAGCAUCAAACAUCA